AUGACCGCCCGUUUGGUCUUGGUCAUUGGUGACCUGUUCAUCCCUGACCGAGCUCCUGAUCUUCCAGCCAAGUUCCGCAAACUCCUGACCCCCGGCAAGAUCGGCCAGACCCUUUGUCUGGGCAACUUGACUGAUCGCGAGACCUAUGAUUUCCUCCGCGAGGUAGCCCGGACCUACAGAUGGAUCGUGAACCAUGGCAGUCUACGAAUUGGUUUCACCCAUGGCCACACCAUCGUGCCACCCGCCGACGCCGACGCACUGCUUAUCGCGGCCCGCCAAAUGGAUGUCGAUGUCCUACUGUGGGGUGGUACCCACCGCUUUGAGGCAUUCGAGAUGGAGGGUCGGUUCUUCAUCAACCCGGGAAGCGCAACAGGUGCCAUGAGCUCGGGCUUCUGGCCAGAUGGCGAGGAGCCUACACCGAGUUUCUGCCUGAUGGAUAUUCAAGGUGAUGUCCUUGUGUUGUACGUCUACCAGCUGAAGACCGAUGCCAAUGGGGUGGAAAAUGUGGCUGUUGAGAAGGUCUCCUUCCGCAAGAACCAUCCCCCCAGCUUCGUGAUGCUGUCCGUAUGUCUACCGCCCUUCCUUCCUUCCUCCUGUAAAUAA